AUGCUCCCCACGCCAGAUACAUCCCACGUCCCCUUCGAGCGGGUCUACGAGCCGGCAGAGGACUCUUACCUCCUCCUGGACACCCUCUCCGCCCCCUCGGAGACCGAGUUUCUCGCUUCCCGCUUCGGCGCCUCUUCGUCGCCGACCCCAGCGGCACCUCUGGUUGUCGAAAUCGGCACCGGCUCCGGCGUCGUGAUUGCCUUCAUCGCCGCGCACGCGCGCACGCUCUUCGGCCACCCCCACAUCCUUGCCUCGGGCGUCGACCUCAACGGGCACGCUUGCAAGGCGACAAACGCCACCGUGCUCCGCGCCCGCGCCGAGAACCCGGAUACCGCAUCGCAGUCCUGGCUCGGCGCCGCCAUGGGCGACCUCACGGCCCCGCUGAGGGCGCGGAGCGUCGACGUGCUGGUCUUCAACCCGCCCUACGUCCCCUCCCCCGAACUCCCCGCGCAGACGUCCGGCGCGCUGGUCGCGGAUGGCGAGAAGAAGACGACGUUUGACGAGGACUCGUAUCUGCUCUCGCUGUCGUAUGCUGGCGGGCGGGACGGGAUGGAGACAACGGACCGGCUGAUCGAAGCACUGCCCGGAGUCUUGUCGGAAAGGGGUUGUGCGUACAUCUUGCUGUGUGCGCAGAACAGGCCCGAGGAGGUCAAGGCCCGGAUCGAAGGGUUUGGGGCGGGCUGGAGGGCCGUCACGGUGGGAGAGAGCGGGAAGAAGGCUGGGUGGGAGAAGUUGCAGAUCAUCAGGGUGUGGAGGGAAAGGCAGCAGGAGCCGUAG